AGGCGACAAAGGUAACUAGCAAGGAAGCAAAAAGGAAAAGCUCGACGAAUCAAUACUAAAAAGACGACGUGUAUGGAUAAAUCUUCGAUAGUCAUGAAGCUUAUGAAGCUUCGAGAUUGAAGACACUCGCUCCCUACCACGAUAUUAAGAGCCCUUCGAGAUCGAUAUCUAUUGAGACUUCUAUUAUUUCUGUACUGUUUCACCCCAGAUAGCGACAUUACUUACUUAUUUAUAACUUGUACCUUCAUUGACGGGUGCCGUACGCCCUACAAGUACAAACGUAUCCUAUAAACCUAAUCGAAACUAAGGAUUUAUUGUGCAGAUAUUCAUCCUUUUUGAAGUUUCCGUUUCCCUCCACCCCUACAGAGAAACUUGUUGUUUCGCAGUGAAGAACUUUCGAAGUAGACCCUCUUGUCCAGCAUGGCGAGGGGUAAUAAUUUCAAUAAAGGUGCGCCGUCCUCGAGGGGGGACACGACUGGGGACCACCGUCCGAGGCAACCCUCCCAAAGGCGGAGUCGAGGCAGGGGUGGUGAACGCGAUACCCGACACAACAAUCGGCCUAGAUCUUCCCGAGACGAACGCCGCCGGGAAUCGGUACUUCACCAUGAGUUCACUUAUAGAACAUUGAAAAAAUGCACACCCAGGCGGCCGAUAGAUGGUCGCGCAUAUUCUCUUGAAAUGACAUGACGCUGAGCAGAUGUAUCUCUGUGUAGAAGCACGAAUGCUUUUUUUAGGUGGGAAACAAAGCCAUACGUUGUUCUACUGACGUGAAGUUGUAGCUGAAAAAUGCAGAGUUCCUGAAAGUGGAACUGCUUGUGCGAUUAUCACGAAAUUCAAAUUUAUCACCUGGCUAGGUUGCUCGGAGGCACCACCGUAGCCGUAGCCACGAACGAAACAAUCGAGACGACCACAGCGGACGGGAUCGGCAACAGCACCGUGCCCAGGAUAAAAAUGACCGUCAGCCGGACCCCCGCGACGACCAACGUGGACGAGGGCGGCCGCGUGACAACAGAUCUACUAGGAACCAGGAAUCGUCGCGUAUCAUCGAGGACAUCAAACAAGAACACGACUUCAUGACCCAGCGCGGAGGUCGGCGGCAAGUAGGAAGAGGUUUGCACCAGGAGGGUCGUGAGGAGCAGCUUCAUCAAGAGCCACGCCGGAACAGUCGUGCAGAUGAAGGGAUGAACUAUAGUAUCGAGCAGGGCAACGGCAAGGGUUUGCUGGAAAAUGUUGCGAACAUGCUGCAGAUGACUUCGGAACAGCAGUACGGUCGUGAUCGUCGCCGCGCCGACGGCGGUGAGGAGCAUCGAGGACGUGGACGGGACCGAAAAUCUUCCAGAGAGCAGAGGAAGCGUGAACAAGAUCUGGCGUCUUACAACGGUUCGGAACAGCAUCAGCAGGUGGAGGAAAAAACCUACACGAAGAAAAAUCCCAACAAAAUCCCUUUGGGAGCAGGAGGUGGGAGCAAAAACCACAAGCGCGAACGGAGGCGCCACGAGGAUGAAAACAAUGAGAACCAUUCCUCGCGGAACGUCUCAGCGAAACAGUUCAAGAUGUCCUCGGAGAAUCCAAAUAACAUCCCGCUAGGAGGAGGAAAUCAUACCAGCAAGCGCGUCGUGCCAGGAGGUAAAAAAGAUUCUCCCCGCAAGAAGCGCAGGUACGAUAAUCCGAACGACAUUCCGCUGGGAUCUCCGAAGCACAGUUUCCUGUCUUUGCCUCCGCCACGGGCCUCCGCAGCAAUGGCGUCCGCGCCAGAACUCCCGGUUCCCGACGCGGAAUGUGAUGCCAAUAAACUUGGGUCGCACACGAGGUUGGAUGGAAGCAAUUCGCUGCUUUCAGGGGAGGAGCCGCGGUACUUAUUCUUUUUGUUUAACCUAACUGUCAUUUCAUGUCGAUCUUGGCAUGUGUUAAUCAUCUCUGUUUCUUGAUGUUAGUUUUGUAUCGCUGAAGAUGUGGGAGUGGGAUCCAUCAUCUGACUGCUUGUGUUUAUUCGAACUGGUAUCUUCAUUCUUUUUGUCGUGUAGUCAAAUGAACAUGAAUUCAGGAUGCGUGCAAUGGACACUGACAACCUCGACGGGGAGCGGCGUAGUCACUUGUUACUUGGCGGAAGCAAUCCGACUUCGUCUGUCAACCACGAAAACAUUGAAGAUUUUCCCAGUAUUACAAAUACAAGUGAGGAUUACGUAUACGACUACACACAUGGCAAAGCAGAUGCAGGUUGCGACAUGCGUUUGCUGCACAACUCGGACGGUGAGCCCAUAUCGGGUCUCAGCGCAGCAGCUGCUACUUCCGGGGGAUAUUAUCCCGAUCCCGAUCCGUUUUCUGCGUUCUCGAAUGUGGAACUUUAUUCUGAAAAGCGUAACCAUGACGACAACCCUGGUGUUGACCAAGACCAGAAAAAAAUCCAGUGCGCCGUGGGUUCUACUUCUCAACUACCCGGCAGCAAGAACGUGGGGCACGUAGAAGAUCGCAAGCGCGGACCUUCGCCGCAAAAGGAGCAGGGAACGAAAAAGUUCAAACUGAAGAAGCGAAAAAUCACCGGGAAGUUGACGGUGAAGGAUGAGAAAAAGCAAACAAACUUUGAAGGAGGUGGGAAAUUAUCCAAAUCAACAAGUAGCGCAGGACGAGUUCUCGCUGGAGCCGGAGUGCAGUUGAGUCGUCAACAUGACCAACAGCGAGACCGGCUUGCCCCCGCAGACUUCCUUAUCCUUAAGACAUUUGGCGGUCGGCGUUUGUUGAAUACGCAGGAUGUCGAUGACGUUGAGUUUUUGAAGCUGCAGAACCUGUCCAAGGCGGAAUUCCAGAAAAAGCUGAACGAGAUCAAAAUGAGGGUGCGAAAGCGGUACCGGGAAGAGCAGCGUGGUCCGAAAAUAAAACCGCUAAUUAAGCCGGGCAUGCAAGGGACGAUCUGGCUCAAGACCAAGAUCGACAAUGGAUUGGUGGAAAAGAUUCCGUUAUAUCAUUGCACGGCAAAUGCAGACGGUUCGAUCGACGACGACGAUGUGGAGUGGGAAGCGGCGACGUCCGAAGCCCAGCGACUGUUGCGCAUAGUCGUGCGGGAUCCCAAUUGGGAGUCGCCACGACAGCCUGCUGUUGAGCGGGGGCCUGGUUGUAAGCAUGCAGAAGAAAAAACAGCGAAGGAUGAUGAUGAAAGCCGCCCCGAGGUGGACGAACAAUUGGCGGAAGAAGCCGGGGGAGGUUCGGAAGAAGAUCGCGCUUUCCACGCGGAAGUCCGCACGCCAGAAGAAGCAGAGCCGAAUCUACUUCAAGACGACCCUACCACGACGGAAGCCAAUGCUACUCCGGAUGAAGAAGACGACAAUAAAGUGGACGAUGAAACUGGGUUUGUGAUUUCCGACAGCGAAUUGCUGUACAUACUGAACAUGUACAGCGAAGGCACGACGUCGUCCCAAAUUGGAAAUAACGCUGAAGUGUAUUUCCAGCCGCUUUAUAAUUCUGCGGAGAAGGAAGAAGAUGAAAAUAAACAGAGCGGGAUAAUUGAUAUGCGAUUCCCCCCGUCGUCCCCCCCGCCCGUAGGACUCGAAGAGGUG